GGUACAUAGGUAGGCGCAUCCGUUUCUGCUUUUCCAGAGUCAAGCACACUUUCUCUCUUUUUACUUUCGUUCUUUUUCGUGCUUGCCUCACCAUGCGUUACUUUGCUUCCCUUGUUGCAGCUGCGGCGCUGGCGCCUACGCUGGUCGUGGGCCAGCUCUCUGGCUCUGUCGGCCCUCUCUCUUCUGCCUCGGACAAGGCCGCCACCAAGACGUGCGACGUGACCAAGUACGGCGCCAAGGCGGACAAGACGACGGACAUUGGCCCCGCGCUGGCGUCUGCCCACGCCGACUGCAGCGAGGCGGGCGGUGUCAUCGUCGUCCCCGAGGGUGACUACGCCAUCGAGACGUGGGUGAAGCUCAGCGGCGGCAAGGGCUGGGCGCUGCAGAUCGACGGCACCAUCUACCGCACCGGCACGGAUGGCGGCAACAUGAUCUUCAUCGAGCACACGAGCGACGUCGAGGUCUUCAGCAGCACGGGCGCCGGCGCCUUCCAGGGCAAUGGCUACGAGUUCCACAAGGACGGCAACAUCAAGGGCCCCCGUAUCCUGCGCCUGUACGAGGUCACCGACUUCUCGGUCCACGAUCUUGCUCUUGUCGACUCCCCCGCCUUCCACUUCUCCAUGGACACGUGCGAGAACGGCGAGGUUUACAACAUGGCCAUCCGCGGUGCUGAGAUGGGCGGUCUGGACGGCAUUGACGUCUGGAGCAACAACAUCUGGGUCCACGACGUCAUGGUCACCAACAAGGACGAGUGCGUCACGGUCAAGAGCCCCUCGAAGAACAUCCUCGUUGAGAACAUCUACUGCAACUGGAGCGGUGGCUGCGCCUUCGGCUCGCUGGCCGAGGACACGGACAUCUCGGACGUCGUGUACCGCAACAUCUACACGUACAAGUCGAACCAGAUGAUGAUGAUCAAGUCGUACGGCGGCAGCGGAUCGGUCUCGAACGUGCUGUUCGAGAACUUCAUCGGCCGUUCCAACUCGUACUCGCUGGACAUCGACCAGUACUGGUCGUCGAUGAGCGAGGCGGAAGGCGAGGGCGUGCAGCUCAACAACAUCACGUUCAAGGGGUGGCGCGGAACCGAGGCCGACGGCCACUCCCGCGGCCCCGUCAAGGUCCUCUGCGCCGACGGCGCGCCCUGCACCGACAUCACCAUCACCGACUUCCAGAUGUGGACCGAGUCGGGCGACGAGCAGACGUACUCGUGCCAGAGCGCGUACGGCAGCGGCUUCUGCCUCAAGGAAGCGUCCGGCUCCGACGCCGCCGCCUACUCCGCCACCACCUCCGUCGCCAAGUCCGCCCCGACGGGCUACAAGGCCGACACCAUGCCUGACGACCUGGACGAGUCGUUCGGCUCCACCGCCUCCAUCCCCAUCCCCGAGAUGCCGGCGUCCUUCUUCCCGGGCGUCGCGCCCAUCAGCGCCCUCGCUGCCGGUGGUGGCGCCAGUGCCGCGACCCCCACCCCCGUCGCCGCUGUCGCUGCUGUUGUCAAGGUCUCCGCCUCCUCGGAGCCGGCCGCUUGGACCCCGUCUGUCGCCGCCCCGACCGCUGCUGCUACGACUGCUGCUGCUACGGCCGCAGCGGAGUCCCUCGAUAAGGGCUCAGUGGACUCCGCGCUCGGCCAGCUCAAGCGCUACGAGCAGUGCGGUGGCUCCGGCUGGAAGGGCGCCGGCAAGUGCGCGAGUGGCACUAAGUGCCAGGAGCAGAACUCGUGGUACCACCAGUGCAUCUAGAUGCUGCGUGCGUGUGUGAGGGUGUGUGAAUGGCUGCGCAGUGUGCCUGGGUUUUUUUAUUGGGAUAUACUGUAGAUAUUUAGUACUGUUGAUAAAAUGUGUAUAACUAGC